AGGCUGGGCGUGGUCACAGUGGGCGUGGCCCCGGUCGGCGUUCAGGUGAGCUCGCCGGCUGCUUCUGCCCCACAGAGUUGCUUCCACGUCAAGGUCCUUCUGCAACUGGCUUUCCUUUUCCCUGGCCUUACGUUUCCCAGGAUCGCUGUAACUUCAGGCCCACAAUGGAUGCCCUGCGACUGGCAAAUUCAGCUUUUGCAAUUGACCUGUUCAAACAGCUGUGUGAAAAGGAGCCAGUGGGAAAUGUCCUUUUCUCUCCAAUCUGUCUUUCCACCUCUCUGUCACUUGCUCAACUGGGUGCCAAAGGUGACACAGCAAACGAAAUUGGACAGGUUCUUCAUUUUGAAAAUGUCAAAGAUGUGCCCUUUGGAUUUCAAACAGUAACAUCAGAUGUCAACAAACUUAGUUCCUUUUACUCCCUGAAGCUAAUCAAACGUCUCUAUGCAGACAAAUCUCUGAAUCUUUCUACAGAGUUCGUCAGCUCUACCAAGAGACCCUAUGCAAAUGAAAUGGAGACUGUCGAUUUCAAAGAUAAAUUGGAAGAAACAAAAGGUCAGAUCAACAACUCAAUUAAGGAACUCACAGAUGGCCGCUUUGAGAACAUUUUAGUUGACAACAGUGUAAACGACCAGACCAAGCUCCUUGUGGUUAAUGCUGCCUACUUUGUUGGAAAAUGGAUGAAGAAAUUUCCUGAAUCAGAAACCAAAGAAUGUAAUUUCAGAAUUAACAAGACGGACACCAAACCAGUGCAAAUGAUGAAUCUGGAGGCCACGUUCUGUAUGGGCAACAUCGACGGUAUCAGUUGUAAGGUCAUAGAGCUUCCCUUUCAAAACAAGCACCUCAGCAUGCUCAUCCUGCUGCCCAAGGAUGUGGAGGAUGGAUCCACGGGCCUGGAGCAGAUUGAAAAACAACUUAACUCAGAGACGCUCUUGCAGUGGACCAAUCCCAGCACCAUGGCCAAUGCCAAAGUCAAACUCUCCAUUCCAAAAUUUAAGGUGGAAAAGAUGAUCGAUCCCAAGGCUAGUCUGGAAAACCUAGGGCUGAGAAACAUCUUUAAUGAGAAUACAUCCGAUUUCUCUGGAAUGUCAGAGACCAAGGGAGUGGCCCUCUCAAAUGUCGUUCACAGAGUGUGCUUGGAAAUAACUGAAGAUGGUGGGGAUUCCGCAGAGGUGCCAGGAUCACGAAUCCUGCAACACAAGGAUGAAUUCAAUGCCGACCACCCCUUUAUUUACCUCAUCAGGCACAACAAAACUCGAAACAUUAUUUUCUUUGGCAAGUUCUGUUCUCCGUAAGUGGCAGAGCCCAGGUUAAGUCCCACCUGACUUCUCUGUACACUCUGCAUCCAGAGAAUCAUGUUCUAAAUACAAUAAAUUGUUAAUAUUGCUGGGUCAGGAAGCUGCUCGUGCUCACAAUGAUAGGCCUUUUUUCCAAUCAUUUUUUGUUGUUGUUCUUUCCCUCCCACCCCCUUAAAAGACAAUACUUUUUUUUUUUAAAGUUCUUUAUUGGAAUAUAAUUGCUUUGCACUCUUGUGCCAGUGUUUGAGGUACACCAAGACAAUACUUUUAAUGAAAAGGAAUCACCUUAGAGAAAAAAAUAUGUAUUCAUUAUUUGUCAAACUAUCUAGGGUUAUUGGCAGGAAUACUGUCUUUCACAAAAAAAAAUUCCUAUAAGGAGGAUCGGGAGGAUUUUAUUACCAAAGCUUAGCCUUCCUUCACUGGCAUACAGAAUGUUCCAGACAUUCUCUUUUCCCUGAAAGACUAAAGAAACUGGUACACGGGCUUCACAAAACUUUCCUGGGAACAACGAAAUUGGGCAUACGUUCAGGCGACUGUACGUCCACAGGACAAAUAUUUCUUUCAAAUUCUGAUUUUUGGGGAUUUUAGAAAGAUAAUAUGUCACACAUACUGUAUGUUCCGGAUCUCCAUUGAUAGAGGCUGGAACAGCACCCUAUAAAUCAACACCUUAAUAUUUCUGCCACAAAGUGUAGAAUAUUUGCUCAAAAUAAAGACUCCAGGUAGCCCAUAAGUAUCAGGUUUUGCUGUCAAAUCAGCGUGGCUCCUGCUUAUGAAAAAACUUUGUUUUCAGAACUUUUCGAAAUUUUGGAGUGUUGGACCUGUAGUAACCAAAGGACAGCACCACAAGGGGAAGUUCAGAUCUUAUUAAGAAUUCACUUUCACUUCUGAUAGAACCCCCACCUGGUUGUUGGCUUGGCAAGAGAACACUGGCAGGGAAUUCUAACUGACUUACAGGCUUGUGGAUGUCUGACCACUAGGGACUUAAAUGCACAGGGACUUUCACAGUAGACAAUAAAAGAGUGUUACGCGUGUUGAAGGGACUUGUCUCUUUGUCUACUGUGACAGUGGGAGAGGGGGACGACUUUGAUGCUGUUAGGAAAUAUGACUAAAGCUAUUGAUAUGCUCACGCUGCCUGGACAUGUAUCUUUCCAAAGUCUAUGGGUUUAGGUACUGUAGAGGGCUAGUUGUUAACCUACGACAAUUGCAGAUUUAAAGGUGUUUCUGAGGAGGUAUCUAUGUGACCAGUUCACGUGUUAAUUCACUACAGUAACAGGAAGAAGAUUUGGAUCUGGUAACAACGAUCCCCGCUCUCUCCUCUGGCUUCGUUGUAAAUAGGUUCAACUUUCUUCUUGCCCCGAAGGUUCAAUAUUGAAUUUCUUUUAUGCUGCUGACAAUAAAAUAUUAUUGAAUUA